CUAGAAACAUGGUCAAGAUUAGCUCUUUGCUGGUGGUGCUCCUCUCGCUCUGCGCCUGCUGCUAUGCUCAAUAUGAGUACCCACAGCAGCGUCCUUCGCCGGCAACUGAAGGUCAGCCUGUUGGCGGACCAGUGGAAAAUCGCAUCCUUGGAAACCUCCUUGGUGGAGGUGGUGGCCUUCUCGGCGGAGGCGGCGGUGGUGGAGGCCUUUUCAGCAAUCUACUGGGCGGUCUUCUAGGCGGUAACCGUCCACAACCCCAGCCCUAUCCAGUGCCCGUUCCCGCUUAUGGAGGUGGAUUUGGUGGUGGAUACCCUGGCGGAUUUGGGGGCUAUCCUGGUGGCUACCCUGGCGGAUUCGGCGGUGGCUACGGCAACCCCUACGGCGGAUACUACGGCUAA